GACGCCGAAGGAGGAGGAACGAACACGUAUUUUCACCGGGAGAGAAAUCAUUUGCAUAAAUCAUCUGAAAUGGCUCGCGAAAGGACCCAAGUGUGGAUCUGGCUGGCGGUGCUUGGCGUGUUCAUUCAGUCCUCUCAGUGUCUGGGUUGGGGCUCCUCCUCUUGCUCUCUCAAGGAAGAUGACCUCAAGAAGCUGGAGGAACUCUGUACCAAGACGGCCGAAGUGGUGAACGCCUCGGUGGCCAACCUCGAGCAGAAACUGGAGCGAGUCCUCACGUUCGUCGAGGAAAUGAAGAAGCACGAGAACGCCUGGAUCGAGGAAACCCCGACGUCCAAUGGUUCAAAAGGGACCGUCGAGAGGGACGUCUCGACACAGGAAGCCGUCCUCGUGCCCUCGGUGCUGACGAAUACCCCGACGCAGGUGGAGGUUGCUGACGUCCAAGGUCAGGAGAGCCAGAACAGCAGCUUCAGGAACAUGCAGACCACCCGCUUUGAUGACGACGACGAUGAAGACGAUGAUCUGCAAGAUGAGGAAGACGAGGGUGAUCAGGAGGUUAAGAAAGGAGAAUGCGAGGCUCAGGUCAUCGACAACCACGAGACCAUCGGCAUGUUCUAUAUGACCUCCUUCCGCCACGGUCACUGCGCCAACAGACACCCGAUCACUGCUCCUAUUCGCCACUGCCUCGGCUACUGCGCGACCAGGACUUAUAUCGAACGGGAAGCAGGUAUCUGGAGCCAAGGGAACCGCUGCAGCAGCUGUCAGGUGGACAAGCUGGAGACCCUCAAAAUCCCUCUCGCUUGUGACGACGGCUUCACCUUCGAGAAAGCUUUCGAAAACGUCGUGAGUUGUCGCUGUCAGGCUUGCAAACCCGUGAAGGAGUGAAAAUGGACGUCUGUCUAUUUACGUGGAGUAAAUUUCUUCCGAUUCUAGUCUUAUUGUUUGAGAUAUGGGACGUUUCUGUUUGUUUAUUAUAUGUAUAACAAAAAUGAAACGGAGAGGGGAAAAAUAUAUAUAUAAACGUAUUUGUAAACUGGGAUAGAAUGGUUUGAAAUGGAUAAGGAUAUUUGCGAAAUAAGAUCUGACGGAUUGCUGAUCGAUGUCAUUCUUUGCUGCCGAAUUUUGGCGGGAAAUCUGUUUACAAUUUGAACGUGUUGAAAAACGAGUCAAUUGAGAUUGGAGUAGUUAUAAUUAUAAACAAUUUCGGUUUU